AGGAACCUUCGUUGGAGUUCCGUUUUCGGGGGCAGUAUUUAUGGUCACACUGGGAAAAAUGGAAAUUAGCAACGUUUAUCGUUUCAUUUACACAAUUACUGUACUUUUCGACUGAAUGUUGGUUGCAUCUACUAGCAGGCUGACUACCUGAAUGACAGAGCGCACAGAAGUUCCUGAUGAAGGCAUGUAGGUAAUACUUUGACUGCCCUGGAAGACAACAUGUCUGAAGAGGCAAUUUCAGAAAGUGACCUGGAGGCCAGCAUUGACAGCGAAGAGGAGUGUAUGGAAAAUGAGGAGGAGGAUGAUGAUGAAGAAGACCUGGAGGAAGACGAGGAGGAAAAUGAUGGAGACGACGAAGAUGAUGGACUUGAGCGACCUGCAAGUGCCCAGAGUCGAGCCGAUGGGGACGGCAGGGACUCCAACUCAACUACCUCUGGAGAGCCUUCCUCAGAGCCUCCUUCCCGGCCGUCCUCUAGACCCGCCUCUCGAUCUCAGCUUCCGACCGGCGCGGGGAACUCGAGUGAGAGCAAAGCCUCGUCUAGAAAAACAAAGAAGGACAAAGCCUCUAAAUUAACAAAAUCACUCAAAUCUUCAAAAAGCUCCAAACCUCCAAAGCCAGCCAAGCCAGCUCACAUGAGGAAGAACAUCAGAAAGAUGCUGCAAGAGGACCAGCUGGAGGCUGGAACCAAAGCAGCUCAGCAGGAGGAGAUGGAGAGGCGGAAACGACUGGAGCAGCAGAGGAAGGACUUUCCUACGCAGGCCCCGUCUCUCGCGGACGCUCAACUGGUGGAGACGGCAGCUUUAUUAGCAGAAGUAUCUCAGUUGGUUCCUGCUCUCCAGGGUAAACAGGAUGUGAUCUGUCUGGAUAGUAGCGGUGAGGAAGAUGAGAAAGCGGAUAUAAAUUUGCCCGCCCUCGCCAUCGGAGAUGAUAUAAUUGAGCUCAGUUCGGGGGACGAAGACACCCUGCAGAUCAGCAGCGAGUCGGCUGACGAGGAAGCCGACGCCGCCCACGGCUCGGAGGAGAGCAGCGGCGCUCACAUAAACGAUGCGCUCAACUUGCCUGACGCCCAGGGUCGAGUGCUGGUGAACAUCAACCACCCUCCGGAGGAGAAAGACGUUUACCUCGCCCCGCAGCUGGCCCGAGCUGUUAAACCUCACCAAAUUGGGGGAAUCCGGUUUCUCUACGAUAACCUUAUCGAGUCUUUGGACCGGUACAAGACCAGCAGUGGCUUCGGCUGCAUCCUCGCUCACAGCAUGGGCUUGGGCAAAACGCUGCAGGUCAUUUCCUUCAUCGACAUCCUUCUGAAGAACACGGAGGCCCACACUGUUCUGGCUAUCGUCCCUGUGAACACGCUCCAGAACUGGCUGACAGAGUUUAACCUCUGGCUCCCACCCCAGGAGGCACUUCCUCCUGACACCGACCCCGCGUUUGUCACUGGCCGCACGUUCAAAGUUCACAUCCUCAACGAUGAGCACAAAACCACGGUGGCCAGGGCCAAGGUUGUGGAGGAGUGGUCCAGAGACGGAGGUGUGUUGUUGAUGGGCUAUGAGAUGUACCGCCUGCUGUCCAUGAAGAAGAGCUUUGUGAUGGGGAAGAAGAGGAAAACAAAAAAACCAGCUGGGCCGGUUAUUAUUGACCUGGACGAAGAGGACAGGCAACAAGAGCUCAUGAAAGGGAUCGAAAAGUCGAUAUCGCGGCCCGGUCCCGACGUGGUGAUCUGCGACGAGGGCCACCGCAUUAAGAACUACCACGCCAGCACGUCGCAGGCCUUGAAGAACAUCCGCUCCAGGCGCAGGGUGGUUCUGACGGGGUACCCGCUGCAGAACAACCUCAUAGAGUACUGGUGCAUGGUGGACUUCGUCAGGCCCGACUUUCUGGGCACGCGCCAGGAGUUCAGCAACAUGUUCGAGCGUCCCAUCUUGAACGGUCAGUGCGUGGACAGCACGCCCCAAGACGUCCGCUUGAUGCGCUACCGCAGUCACGUGCUGCACAGCUUGUUGGAGGGCUUCGUUCAGAGGCGAGGCCAUGACGUGCUGAGGCACCACCUCCCGAAUAAGGAGGAGUUUGUGAUCCUGGUGCGGCUCUCUCCCAUUCAGAAGGCGCUGUACACCGAGUUCAUGAAGCGCUUCCGAGAGGCAGGGAACAGCGGCUGGCUCGGCCUUAACCCACUUAAAGCUUUUUGCGUCUGCUGCAAGAUCUGGAAUCACCCCGACGUCCUCUACGAAGCCCUGAUGAAGGAGAACCAGGCCAAUGAGCAGGACCUGGACCUGGAUGACAUCACCUCGGCCAGCAACCCGCGCUGCCCUGCUCCCUGCGCCGGCCUGAAGACCAAAGUGGCCGACUCGAGCAAAGGCAACAACAGCAUGCCGCCGCUCAAUCCGUCUCAAGAAAGAGCCAAUCAAGUCAUCACAUAUGAAUGGGCAAAGGACAUCAUGUCAAACUACCGGACGGGAGUUUUGGAAAACUCAGCUAAGAUUGUUCUGCUCUUCCACUUGAUUGAAGAAAGCGUCAGAAGAAGAGACAAGAUUUUGGUCUUCAGCCAAAGUUUAAACACUCUGACAGUCAUCGAGGAUUUCCUUUCAAAGAGACCCAUGCCCCCCGGCAUCGCCCCCAGCGACAGCCAAAACCAAAACUGGGUUCGCAACCUCAACUACUACAGACUGGACGGGAGUACAUCUGCGUCAGAGAGAGAACGUCUCAUCAAUCAGUUUAACGACCCAGAGAACAAAGCGGCGUGGCUGUUCCUGCUUUCUACACGAGCGGGCUGUUUGGGGGUGAAUCUGAUCGGGGCCAGCCGUGUUGUCGUCUUCGACGCGUCGUGGAACCCGUGUCACGACGCCCAGGCGGUGUGUCGCGUGUACCGCUACGGCCAGAGGAAGCCUUGCUACAUCUACCGCCUGGUCUGUGACUUCACCCUGGAGAAGAAGAUCUAUGACAGGCAGGUCUCCAAACAGGGCAUGUCGGACCGGGUGGUUGACGACUUGAACCCAGUGCUGAACUUCACCCGUAAGGAAGUUGAGUCGCUGCUGCACUUUGUAGAAGAGGAGCCUGAGGCUGAGAGGAUCUCACUGGAAUCGCAGAGAGAGUUGGAGUCGGUGAUAUAUCGAGCUUGUGAGCUUUACCCGAACCUCAUCACCAAGCCACCUUUCCACCAUGAGUCGCUGCUCAUGGACCGCAAGGAGUCAAAACUGACCAAAGCAGAGAAGAGAGCUGCAAAAAAGAGCUACGAGGACGAGAAGCGAGCCUCUGUGCCGUACUCCCGCCCGUCGUACGCGCCCUACUACCCAACAACUGAACACUCGCUGGCGAGCAUCGCAGCGUUUAACCAACGCGGCUGGCGCCACAUAACGCGGCCGGACGACAAGCCAGUCGCGAGUGUCAGGCCCAUCCAGUCGACCCCGAUCCCGAUGAUGCCUCGGCAGGUGGGCAUGGGAAUGGCCGGCUCCAGCUCUGCCGGCAGCCUUCCUCUCAACUUCCUGCAGAAAGCAGGAGUUUAUGUGCAAAGGAUUGUCACCACAACAGACAUUGUAAUCCCAGGAGCAAACAGCUCCACAGACGUUCAGGCUCACAUCAGCGCAGGAGAGAGCAUCCACGUCAUUAGAGGAUCGAAAGGUACUUACAUCAGGACGAAUGACGGAAGGAUUUUUGCUAUUCGAUCUGGAAAGAUCAGCCGACCGGCAGCUGGAGCGUCUGCUCCAUCUAGAGCAGACACCCAAGCCUCCCUGAUCCACCCAGUGAGCAACGGCUGCUCGUCUCCAGUCGACCAGCCGCGGCGCUCCCCCUCCGCCGACCAGCGGCCCCCGUCUCCCCUGAGCUCGGAUUUUUUCCAGGAGCUCAGCCAUUACGCGUCGUCCACAGGCAGCGCCACUGCCGGCAGGGCGAAUGAAUCGUCGUCGCUUCUGGAUUUGCCGUCCGCGACGGCGGGGGACCAGGGCGGCUCUCAGACCGGCGAUCUGAGCCGACAGCUCGGCAACGACCUGCUGAGUUCAGCCGCGGAGGCGCAGCGCGGCGGCAAGCGGAAGCGUGACGGCGGCCAGGACGACGCGCAGACGGGAGGAAAGCACACCUCGGUCCCGGCUCAUUUCCCCGGAUUGUCGGUGAACUCCGGCGGGCUCAGUUUCCCACCGGUGGGUCUGAACCUGGGGAGCCUGGGCCACGUGAGUCAGCCGCUUCUAAUGCCAGGAGGAGGAUCUUCGUUCCUCCAAUCUCCGGGACAAACGCUGGCCGACCUGCAGUCCAUGUUCCCCUCGGUGAGCUCGGACCUCCUGAGGCAGCCGGUCGCGGGGAACGGACACCUCCCUCCCUCGUCCUCGGCUUUCUCUUCCGCCUCCUCCACCAUUCCCAUGUCGUCGACGGCAACCUCCUCCUCCCUCCCGUCUGGCACUUUGCCUCCGUACUUGAUGAACCCCAACAUGGCCGGCCUGCUUUCUUCAGGUUUCCCUCUCAGCUACAGUCAGCCACUGCUCUCCUCACCAAGAAUGUUCCCCGGCCCUUUGCUCUCGGGGUCGGGGGGCUUCUCCGUGCCCAACUCCAACUCUGCGACGCCCAGAUUCCUCUCUCAUUUUACCAACCCCACCUCCAGCCUCCUGGGCGCCGCGCUGACGCAGCCGGACAGACACCCGAGCGCGGUGAACGGCGGGGACAGCUCUGAUGAUGACGUCAUAGAGGUGACGGGACAGUAGGGCUUCAGAAAGUCCCACUACAGGUUUUCUUUUGUUUGUUUGUUUUCAAACAGUUUUACAGUCAGAAAAGAAUCAAAAUACAUUAGAAAUGGGAAUUAUUACACAAAAGCGAUAAAACUCAGAGGCAAAAGGCCUGGAAUAAUUCUGUGAUGAUUACAUCCAUCAUGGUUUGAAAGUGCAUUCAGAAUCCAAAUGUGACCAAGAAGAGGAAAUGUGAAACUCAGCUCUGAGUUUACAUCUAAAGUGGGUUAAAUGUGAAUAAGUUACUCCUCAGACAUAAAGUUGGCUACUUCUGAGCCAGUUCUUUGAAAUAAGCAGGUCACACGGGUUCUGUUUUACUCGGUGCCUUGCAGAAGUUUUCGUAUCCCUUACAGCCUUUCACACUUUGUCAUGUACCAGUCACACACCUCAGUGUAUUUCAUUGCGAUUCUAUACAAUAGACACACCCGUGUGCAUAAUUGUGAAGUCGAAGGAAACUAAAACGUGAAUUUGUUUUCACAAAUAAAAACCUUUUGAAGUGUGGUAUGCAUUUCUGUCCAGCUCCCUCAGAGUUAAUACUUAGUAUUUCCACCUUUAUGUGCAAUUACAGCUGCGAUUUCUUUGACAGUUUUUCAUACCAAAUGCAUAAGUUUUUGCCCAUUUUUCCAUCUUUCAAAAUAGCUCAAGUUUCAUCAGAAUGGAUGGACGUUGAACAUUCCCAAUUGGAUUUAUGUCUGGACUUUGACUAGGCCUAGGCCUCUAUGAUUUGAUUUAAAUCAUUCCAUUAUAACUUUUUGGCCUGUAUUUAGCUCCAUCCAUCUUCAAAUCAACUUGGAUCAACUUCCCUGUCUUUUGAUUAAAAAUCAUCCCCUCAGCAUGAUGCUGCCACUGUCAUGUUUCACUUUGAGGAUGGUCUGUUUAGGGUGUUUUCUGCCUUAAAUAACAUUUUGUAAUGUCGUCUGAUCAGAGCACCUUUUUCCACAUAGUUGCUGUGGCGCCUUCAGGUCUUUUUAUUGUUUUCUUUCUGCCUGUUCUUGCCAGCCUUUCAUUGGAGUGGAGUCCUGUCAACAGAUUACCCUAACUGAGUAGUGGAUGUCUCCAGCUCCUCCAGAGUUCCGAAGAGUCCCUCUUUUUGCUAAAAAUGUUGAAAUCUUUGGCUGUCAUCUCACAGCCCUGAUUUAAAGUUCACACCUUUUCCCUCUGACCUGUCUGCUGUGUUUUUUCUUUACUAAUCAUAAGCUGGAUUUACAGUCUGAUUAAAUUCCACGCUGUAUUUACCAAUUAGGUUUCUUCUGAAGACAUUUAGCUGUACUGGAUUUUAUUUAAUGGUGUCAGAAAGAAGGGGAGCUGCCACACUUUUCAGAUUUUCACUAGGACAACAUUUAAACCUGCAUUAUUUUCCUUCCACUUCUUGAUCAUCCACCACAUUAUGCUGGUGCGAAACACAGAGUCCCAACAAAACGCAUCAAAUGCGUGGUUGCAAUGUGACGAAAUGCGAAGAAGUUCACGAGGGAUGAGUAAUUCCCAUUUCUAAUGCUCUUCAUCGGUCAAACACACACAGACACACACACUGAUCUUUGUCUCGAAAUACGAGAAUCGGACCGUAAAAUCCUACAAAGUGCAACAAAAUCCUUAUGCUGAAUGUCUGCGUCCUGUUCAGCGGGAGCGUCGGGAACAGAUCCGUCAAACGAGGACCAGUCGAAUCUUAUCUGGCGUUGGCUCCCACAGCCUCUGCUACAUUUUUACAGUUUUCGUUCCCAACAUUUUAAACGCGUGACGAAAGCUGCUUCCUGUUGGCUUUUCUCACGAUGAAUUGUUGUCAAACAGUCGAGUGUGGACAGGUUGAACACUCUGCUGCUGAACACUAGUGUUCUCCAUUUCCUCUGUAGAUAAAGGGAUCUUGGCGUUUGUCACAAAGUACACAAUCCAGUGUGUAUACACUAUAAAGGUUACCUU